AGCACUGAACACACCCACUUUCGCUGCUCUCUCUCUCUGACAGCCAAGGCCUGCCUGGACUGCCCAAGUGAUCCGCUCCCAUAGAGAAGCCGCUUCAUGUCUCAAACUGAACCGGAGCUUACACAGCUGAAUCUGUGUGAGAAUAGCUGAGCAUCAGUACCAGUGCAGUGUAACAAGCCCCUGCACAACUCAUCAGGAGAACCCGAUCAAGCUGCAGCAGAGAUGGAGACGGUGGUUAGCGGAGAGCACAGUCUGUGUGUUGAUCAGGAUAGGGACAAUAAACCAGCACCGGGCCUCCCUGAGGUGAACGAGAAUGGAGUCGGGGUAACCGCAGCAACACUGUUUGGGGCAGGAAACCAAGUGACUAAAGAUUCUUCCCCUGUCUCAGAUGAGCCUGUUUCAGAUGCUUCUGAUGUAAAGAGUACACCAUCUUCAGAAGAUGUGACUGGUCUUACAGCAGCACCCUUGGACCUGUCUUCACAAGAGGUCACAACAGAAGGAGAGGAGCAAAUUGUGGCCUUUGUUGGAGUUCAGCAGAGUUACAGGCAACAGAGCAUUAUUGAGAGGAUUGGAACCGAGAUAGGCCCGAGUGAGCAAACCAGUCUAAUUCUUCAGGAACCGCUUGUACCCCUGAGCACGAUGUGGACUGAGGAGGCAGUGACCAUGACCCCAUCAGUCACAGAAGAGGCAUUGCUCAUUUCGGACAAUUCACAGAUACCAGACAUUACUCAAGAUAAGUCUGGAUUGGAAGCAGUAAGCUUUGGAUUAGAAGAGAGGCAAAUUUGUGAGGAAACAAGCCCUCCAGAUACUGGUCACACUGUUCCAACAACUUCAGAACAGUCCAGAGAACAGGAGCUGCCUAAGAGUAUGGAGAAGGAUAUGGGAGAGCUCUCUCCUGAGGCUAUUGGAGCUCUGAGCCUGGUGACUAAAGAUGGUGCAGGAGAAUCAGCUGACAUGACCUUGACCAAUGGAAGAGUUCAUGAAGCUGAGUUUGAGACUGCAGAUGCGAAGCGAACUGAAGACAGUGAAUGUGUGGAGGGUCUGAGUGAUGCCAAAUUCAGAGAGCUGGGGGAGGAUAUCCAGCUUACAGGUGAUCAUUUUAAAGCAGUGAAUCAGAUGGAAGAGAUUGAAGAUCAACAGCCACCUCCAGCCAUUCAGGAAGGAGAUAUGGGGCCUGUCCAACCACAAACCCUGGCAUCUCAGAGGAGUAAGACUGAAGAAGAUCUGCCUGUGGCAGCAGCGAAAGCUCAAUUGCCUGUUGCAGGAGAAGAAGGAAGCAAAUCUCAGGCACCCUGCCCCGAGAACAAGACCAAGAGCUCCACACCUACAUCUGCAAAAACCUCAAAAGCUAGGCCUCAGGCCUCUGCUACUCCUAAAAGGCCUACUACAGCUGCCCGUAGCAACAAAUCUUCCAGUCUUGUCUCCAUCCCCAAAAGACCUCAAUCCACUACAAGCCAAGAUGGUACAGGAAUUAAAGAGCAUAGAGCAAUUAAGGUAACAGAGACAAGGAAGACUCCAGGAUCACAACCACCAUCUGGUCUCAGAAUGCCAGGAAGUGUUGGUGCAAAGAGCCCCCCGAAGCCUGCAGCUGCCAUGAAGGGAACACCUCAUUCUCCCGAUAUAAAAAGGACAACAGCAAAGGUGGAGCAGAAGAAAUCAGGAAAAGGUGAUUCAGCAGCCAAAGCAGGUGGCAGUGGCAGUGGGUGCAGUAGUCCUGGUACUCCUGGCACUCCCAGCAGUCGCUCUCGUACACCUUCCCAGCCACCUACAGGAGCGACCAAAGAAGUGAAGAAAGUGGCGAUUGUUCGUACGCCUCCUAAAUCCCCAGCAGCUUCCAAAACACGGACAGCCCCUGUUGCUGUGCCCAUGCCUGAUCUGAAGAAUGUCAAAUCCAAAAUUGGAUCAACAGACAACAUUAAGCACUCCCCUGGCGGGGGCAAGGUACAAAUUGUACACAAGAAAGAAGAUUACAGCAGUGUGCAGUCAAAGUGUGGGUCCAAGGAAAAGAUCAAACAUGUUCCAGGUGGAGGCAAUGUGCAAAUUUUGAACAAGAAGAUCGACCUGAGUCAUGUUUCCUCAAAAUGUGGUUCUAAGGAUAACAUCCAUCACAGGCCAGGUGGUGGAAAUGUGGAGAUAAAAUCUCAGAAGGUCGACUUUAGGGAUAAAGCUCAGUCUAAAAUUGGUUCAAUGGACAACAUCAGCCACACCCCAGGAGGGGGUACAAAAAAGAAAGAGAACAGGAAGGAAGAAGCAGUGAAUGAAACAGUUGAGAACUGUAUCAGUGAUACACCUGCACAAGUGCCUGUUUCAGGUGUGACUGAUUCCUGUGAGUUACACACAACCCCGAACCGGGACACACAGGCAGACAAGACGUAUUGAAUCUCACAAGCUGACUUUCCGUGAGACAGCCAAAUCUCGCACAGAUCAUGGUGCAGAAAUUGUCUACAAAUCCCCGACCAUUUCCAAUGAAGGCUCCCCACGCCGCCUCAGUAAUGUGUCCUCCACCAGCAGCAUCAACAUGGUGGAGUCGCCACAGCUUGCUACUCUCGCUGACCAGGUCUCAGCCUCUCUGGCUAAACAGGGUUUGUGACUGUUGCUUGAAAAGCCCUCCUUCCUUCACAGCAGUUUGCAGGUGUCUAACAUGAACUGGUGUCGGACCAUCCUGAGCCCUCUCUAUCUCGCUCCUUGCACUGUCCUCUGAAGCAUUCGGUCCGACUAAGUCAAAAUAUCUGGCCAUUUACAGACAGUGAUGCUUUGUUGUAUUUUGUAUGCCCUUGCACGCCCAAUGUGUUAACUCCUGAUCUGCGAUCCUUUAGGCUUUGUGAGAAGACUAGCACUUGAGGUGUGGUUAGUCCCUUUAUUUAGAGAUUUGGGGGUCCAAGUACAGAAAGCACUAAAAGCAAGUGGGCAGGUACAAAAAUAAAUUUAAUAUAUGAAUAGAAUUUUGAUUUUUGUUUCAAGCAGCUGAAAUACGGAGGGGUGGGAGUUAUGUUGCAGAUGUGUGAAGUAUUGGUUAAACCACAUGUAGAGUAACUGCUCAGUUUUGGACACUGUACCACAGGAAGGAGAUAGUGUCCUCAGAGAGAGUGCAUUUGCUCUUCCAGCAAAUUGAUAGUGCAGUUAAAAUGGCUGUGUAAAGUGAGAAUGUGUUACACAGAUAAGGAUGCUAUUCCCUUGAAUGUAGAAGUUAAGAUGGUGUUUAAUUGAUGUUUGAUUAUUGAUGAUGAUUAUAGGAGUUGAGAGAAAAAGUAUUUGUUCUGGUGGGGACUGGGGAAUGAAGGGGCUAAAGCUCAAAGUGGUCAGGAAUCCCGUCUCUCAAAGUGAAGUAGAAAUAGGGACUCUCUUCAACCACAAGCUUUUGAAAUUGGUGUCAACGGAUAAGUUCAAAUCUCAGACUGUUAUAGUUUUGUUAAGACAGUGUUAAGUAUGAUAUGACCAAUGUGGGUAAAUGAAGUUAAGAUAUAGAUCAGCAAUGAGCUGGUUGGAUGGUGGAGUCAGUGGAAGACUCUCCUCCUCUUUGUGUUCCCUGUUGCGUGUCUCCUGGUAGUGAUCGCACUCUGCCUUAUCCAAUGGGACACACAACGCUGUGCAGUUUACCCCAGGUUUGUGAGCAUUGCUGCCAAGACCCAAACUCCCUUCCGAAUCGCUGAAGUAAGAGUUCUGAAAUCAGCAUACCUUGGGUGUGACCUACAGUCUGUCUUCUCAACAUCAAGAACCCUAAGAGCUUUACUUAAAGGGUGUUUUUUUCUGAACGGCGUUUAGUAUUUUGUAUUUUGUGUGAGGAACAGCUUUCUGAAAUCGCCCCUGGAAGAGCCUGGCUCGGAUUUAAGAUUCUGCCCCUUGUUCCUACCAGAGAAAACUGUCUGUCUGUCCACCCUGUCGAAUCCUUUGAUUAUAUUAAAUAUUCUGUUAUGUGGCCUUUAAUCUUCUCUACUCAAAGGACUACAAGUCUGGUGAAUGCAGCCUGUUCUCAUAGUUUUCCACUUUCAGCCCUGGUCCAGUUCUGGUGACACUGAUCAAUUUAAGCAGCAUGUGGGAAAUGACAGACUGUCCUGUUCAGUGGCACCUCGCAGUUCUUACUGUUCAAAUUUAGCGCAGUGUAAAACUGACAGAACAGCCAGACAGGCCCAGACACCCCUCCCUACACUCUCCAGACAGGCCCAGACCCCCCUCCCCACACUCUCCAAACCAGCCUAAACACUCCUCCCCUACACUCUCCAGACUGGCCCAGAUACCCUUCCCCCAACAUUCCAAACUGGCCCAGACACCCCUCCCCACAGUCUCCAAACCAGCCCAAACACCCCACCGCCAGACUGGCCCAGACAGCCCUCCUCCCACUCUCUAGACAGGCCCAUCCACCCCUCCCCCAAAAGUUUGUCUGGCACCCACUGAACGCCGACCUCUUCACUAUGAUUAGUUUUAUCUGGUAUGUGUUUUUCAGCCUGUGUUUCAGAUGCAGUCUGAGUUGAUUUGAUUGAGUUCAGUCGGUGCUACGAUACAUGAGGUUGACCGUGGAGUGUGAUCCAAUUUGUGUCUCAUUGAACUUAACUGGUCAAGGGGUCAACGGUCAAACAAGUAUGGGUCUGAACACCUUGGACCAUGGUUUAAAAUUAAGUGCCGUCAUCACAAUAUGGGUCAGGGGAGGGCAGUGAGCACAACAUUGCUAUCCACACAACUAUCAGGGUAUCAUUGAUGGCCUGGCAUAGCCGCAACAAAAAGACUUACCUCAACCUGAAGCUUCUCGGACUGAAAAGAGAUAAAAUGUCAUGUUUUGAUUUAAUUUAUACUUUAUAAAAUCCUCAUCGACAACCCCUUAACUCUGGCUACAUUAACCCAUUCAACCCAAGGUGGGAUGUGGUCAUCAUCGAAAAGUCCAACAUUCAUUGAUUAAACAGAAUGUCCAACUUGGCCAUUUCAGAAGGUGGCCAAGGAGGGCCUGGAGUCACAUGUAGGACUCACCAGGUAAGGACGGCAGAUUUCCCUCCUUAAAGGAUAUGAGUGAACCAGUUCAGGGUUUUUGACAAUCAAUGAUCAUUUGAUCGUCACCAUUGCUGAGACUGGCUAUAUAUUCCACCUUUAUUCAUUAAUUAAAUUUAAAUUUCAAUGCUGCCACAAUGAGAUUUGAAUCCAUUGCCCUCAGAGAUUUGUUAUCACUACAUCACUGUCUACUCAAUGCUGAUGUCAGGAUAUCGAAAGAUUCAGUGGAAGUUAUGGGCUGUUUGAAUUUCUCAUUGUGCUUUCAUUACAACACCUAAACUCCUUGAUUAGAUUCCAGUCUGUGCCCCACCGAAACCUCUUACUAAUAUUCUGAUGUGUAACUCACAUCAGGGUAUCAGUUAUUCUACACAACCCACCUAUAAACCCUGUGCCCUCAGUCAUUUGCACUCAUAUUGUGCAUAUGCUAGUCUUUCAUUUGCUAUGUGUUAUGGAAGAUUUUUUUGUAACUGGAUGAUAUUUUCUCCAGCUUUGUCCUUUAUGGUAAGGGUAUGACCCCAGCAGGUUCAGGUUGCACUAUCUAUUUAAGGAGGGCAGAUUAAGAAUGUGCUUUUUAGAUGUUGUAACCAUAUCUCAGCUUUAAUCUGGCUGUGAACUGCACUCUCCAGUGACCUCUCUCUCUACAGUGAUCCCUCACUCACCAGUGAUUUCUCUCCCUCUAGUGAUUUAUAUUUUCAGUGAUCUCACUGCCCAGUUAUCUUUCUGUCCAGUGAAUUCUCUCUCCAGUGAUCUUUCUGUCAAAUGAGCUCUCUCUUCAAUGAUUAUUUGCUGAGACAUAAAGUUUAAGAGCAGGAAAGUAAUGCUCAAACUGUGUGUGACAUUGGGUUAGGCCCCAACUAGAAUAUUAUGUGCAGUACUGAAAUUCACAUUAUAAGAGGGAUGUGAUUGUAAUGGAGACAUGCUGAGGAGAUUUACCAGGAUGUUGCCUGGACUGUAGAGUUUCAGUUAUGAAGAGAGAUUGGACAGACUGGGGUUGUUUUCCUUUAGAGCAGAGGAGACUGAGGGGGUGACAUGAUUGAGAUGUAUAAGAUUAUAAGGGGCAUAGAUAGGGUAGAAGGGAAGAAACCUUCCCCUUGAUGGAGGGAUCAGUGACCAUGGAGUGGCGAUUUAAGGUAGAAAGUUUAGAGAAGAUAUGAGGAAAUCUUUCUUUAACCGCAUGGGUGGUGGGGAAUCUGAAACUCACUGCCUGUAAGGGUGGUAGAAGCAGAAGACCUUAUAACAUUGAAGAAGUAUUUAGAUGUUUCUUGCAAUUCCAAGGCAUACAAGGCAUUGGGCCAAGUGCUGGAAAUGAGAUUAAAGUAGUUAGGUAUUCUUUCUGUGAUGGGCAUAGACUUGAUGGGCUGAAGGGCCUUUUUCUGUGCAAUCGACCUUGAUGACCUGCGGUCUUUCUGUUUAGUGAUCACUCUCUCCAGUGAUCUCUCUCUCUCUCUCUCCAGUGAUCUCUCUCUGCAGUGAACUCUCCCUUUCUAGUGAAGUCUAUGCUUUUUCUCUCUCUCUGAUGCUCUCUCUGUCUCCAGUGCUAAGUGCUUCCUGUCUCCCUCCAGUGCUGUCUGUCUCCAGUGGUCUCUUUCUCUUCAGUGCUUGCUCUUUCUCUCUCUCUCUGUCUCUCUCUCUCUCCAGUACUCUCUCUCGCUGUCUCCAGUGCUUGCUCUCAAAAGUGCUCGCUCUCUUUCACUCCAGUGCUUUCUCUCUCUCUCUCUCUCUCUCUCCAGUACACUCUCUCUCCCUAGUGAGCUCUCUCUCCAGUUGUCACUCUCCAGUAUUGUCCAAUGACCUCAAUGCCAUUGAUGACAAUUGAUUUUCAGGAUAGUUCUGGUGGCUGUGAAUGAGGAUUUAGAUGAGAAAUGCCCUGAGAGCAGACUAACUAGUUGUUAGUGCCCUUUACAGGGUGUUGGAUCACUGCCCGUCCCACAGUAAGCAAGCAACCCCAAGAGUUUCCAGGAGAGAGCAGAUUGUGUUUUUACUGUAGUGAAAAUGGACCUCUAUCUGAACAGCUAACUGGAGCUAACUGGCUCCUCAUGCCUCUGUCACUGAUCCCAAGAAAGGGUUUUGAGAAGAUCUCUCAUUAACUGAGAGUGAAGUCUGAGGAAGUGACCAAUUUUUACAGAGCAGACUAAGGAGUCAUUAGAAAGACAAGAGACCUGACCUAGAUGGUAAUGGGAUGAUUAAUAAACUGACAGCACAGCCAGCCAUUCAGACCAAUGAUUCCAAAUCCACAAUUGCCAGCUUCCUUCGUAAUGACUGCUUCACAUUAUUUCUUUCCCCUCCAUUCCCUUCUCCCUAAGGUAUAUAUGGAGCCUACCGUUCCAUGAGUACCAGUUAAUUAAUUCAACCACUGCAUGUAAAGCCAACUGCAAACCUCACCCCCCACAUCCCCCCACCCCCGCACCAAGGGUGACUCCUCAUGCUGGUGUCAGGCAAUGGGCUAUGAUGUUGAUCCCACUGCAACUGUUUGUCAGUUGUCACUGCCGGAAACUAUUACUGUGCUCAAGUUCAAUACAUUGUAUUUGAUUGUCUUAAUAUUUGUGGAAAAGCUUUCUCAGUGUAGUAUCCAAAUUCAGAAAUGUGAUGAGUAUAUUGUAAUUAGCUGGUGUUGAAUGAGCAGAAAUAGCCGUGGAAUGAGGCAGACAGAACUGAUAGAAGCCUGCACAGCACGGACUUUGCUGCACCUCUUGCUUUAGAAAGAUCAACCCUUACUCAUGGUCAGUAACCAAUUGCAUCUAAACCACUUCUUGUCAAAUGAUUAAAUCAACUUCUUUAAAUCUGAAAUUGCUCAUCCCUGCAGCGACUCACAGGAGCUCAUGAUAUGCUGUAGUUAGCUGAACAUUUCUGAUUGGAGCACUCCCAUCAAGUGGGAUGAGGUUCUGUGCUGGGAGCUGAAAGAUGCUGUUUCAGAAAUCUGAAUGAAGCUGGAAUCACUGGGCAGAUGUUCAUUUUAGCCACUCCUGUUUUGGCUGUUCAGCAGGAUUGUGGCAGAAAUACUGUUCAAAGGCUAAAUGGAGUUUCCUCUGCACUCUGAUGAGAUUGCACGAGCGAAGUGAGAGUAACUGUGAGGAAUAUCUGGCCAAUCUUUUCUCCAAUUUGAUCACUAAUUCUAUGACUUGCAGAUUGCAUCAAUUUACUUUGAGUCGAUUGCUACAAUUGACAAAUUUAUUGAUUCACUUUUAAACAAUCAGUGAUUAUUCAGUAAAUUAUGAGCUGCUCUUGUCUCAGUGUUGGGGAGGUACCUGUUUCAGUGAAGGAACCCCUUGUUUGGACAGGCUGAUUCAACAGGUGGAUCACUUACCAAUCCUGGAGAUUCUUGGUGCUGAGAGACCGACUGAGAGCAGGAUAAAGGUGUCCAAAGUGACUUCUUGUGCUCACUGUCAACAUUGAGUCUUGUAGCAACUUUCAGGCUCCACAUUUCUGUAAAAGGGCUGAGGAAAUAGGAGUAGCAGGGUUUGGAAGAGGCCAUUAGACCAUCCAAACUGAUCUCUUUGAACAGACCUUUCUUCUCAUCCUACUCUAGGUUUUUUUCUGGGCUCAGGCAGGUUAGUGCCAAAAUGAAGGUAUGUUUAGUGGCAGCUGCAUAUUGUUUCUUAAAGCUUGCUCUUUGAGGUGUGAGACAUGGUAUUUUAAUCCCGAUGGUAACAUCUUUGCUAAUGUUCAGUGGCUUUGCUUCGUGUCUGUGAUGUUCAUUGCUGUAACUGUUUUAAUCACUGGUUUACAUUGAUAAUCGUUGCUGUAAAAGUAAAAGUUUGGAAAUAAAGUCUGUGUAACAACU